AUGUAUGUUUGGGUCAAAUCCGUAGUUUACCUAGCACUGUUCGGAGGUCUUGGAUACGGACUGCUGGAGUUGACCAAGCCCAGCGAGGACAAGCUGAAGCAAUUUAAAUACCCCGGCUUGGAGACGGAAGAAAAGAGCAAGAAGGCACUGUUUAUGAAGAAGUUGGAACAGGCGAGCCGCGAAGAACCAAUCUACUUGAAGAAGAAGUCCGAUCAAUAG